AUGCGUCCUGCAACCUUGUACAAAAGGUAUCAAGCAAAGCUUGCUGCUCGUGAGACUGCACGCCAGCGCAUGUUGGUGACCGCAUGGGAAAUCGAGGAAACUGAGCGCUUCCUUGAAUUCCUCGAUGCUCUGCAUGUCGACAACGAAGAACGGCUCGGAUUCGCUCAAGAAGACUUAAACAUCUUUAGGAAGCUAUUUUCUGAGCGUGACCGUUCUGAUGUCAAUGACGACAGAGAUUAUCUUCAAGCUGUGUAUGAGGAUGAAAUGGAGAUUCUUCGCGUUGUCUCGCUACAAGCUGAGCAGUUCUCAAAGAUCUUAGGUGCACGUGUCAAGAAGGAUUUCUUGCAACCUGGAGCCAGAGGAUUGGGAUCCCCAUCGCCUGAGCCUGGGGUUUCGGUUAGAGAUAAUCUGGUAUCCGCAGAUCUGGAAGAUAGCUCACAGGUUUCGGUCAAUUCGGCAGCACAGUCCGCACACCCUUCCCCAAAUGUGCACCGCCCCGCAAAGGACUCCGCGCACCACCAACACGAGUCCGCUCCCCACCAGCGCGAGCCCGCUUACCAUCAGCAUGAAGAUUUCGCCCACCAUCAGCAUGAAGAUCUCCCCCAUCAUCAGCAUCAGGAUUUUGCCCACCAUCAGCAUCAGCCCACUCCCCACCAGCGCGAGCCCGCUUACCAUCAGCAUGAAGAUCUCGCGCACCAUCCGCAUCAGGACUUCGCGCCUCCUCAGCAUGAAGAUCUCGCAUACCAUCCGCAUCAGAACUUCGCGCCUCCUCAGCAGGACUUCGCGCCUCCUCAGCAGGACUUCGCGCAUCCUCAGCAGGACUUUGCGCCUCCUCAGCAGGACUUUGCGUAUCCUCAGCAGGACUUUGCGUAUCCUCAGCAGGACUUUGCAUCUGGCGCUGGAUCCUCGACCGGAUAUGUUGCUCCGUCAUUAGCGCCCAGUUGGGUCAGCGAUGAUGAGGAAUUCCAGACCCUUUCGGUCCCGCCACCGGAUCUCGAACACUUACGGCCAAUGUCGACGGGAGAGAUCCCCAACUCCCAUGUGAUACAUACCACAGGGCCCGCAAGGACAUCGAAAGCACGUCGUCGUGCAACUCGACGCCUGCCCCCCACACCAUGUCUUCUCAUUCCUGCUGUGACGCCCCCAACAAUGACGGGGACAGUGGCACCUACGGAAUCCAUCGAAGGUUCCACCAUUAAUAUUAGUCCCGAGACACGCAAACAAGCGAUCUCGCUCUCAAAAGAGCGCAUAUUAUCCAUCGUAUUUUCCGAGGAUGCAUUGGCAUAUCUGGUAUCUGACAAAAAACGCAUCAUCAGAAAUGUUAUUUCUGAAGACGUCGCAAAUAUUUGGUGCGCAGUGACGAAGUUUCGCACUUCGUUUGCAACGAUCAUCCGACAUGCUGUCGUGAUGGGAUAUUCCCUUUUCCCACCACCGGGCUGUGUUAUCCCCCCAGAUACUUUUCGUGUCGAUCGAAUACGCCGCCUCGUCGUAGAUAACGCCUUAGCGUUCAUGCAUCAAUACACGUUCACUGCAGACGGUGCGCUUGUCAUUAACUCGAAAUUCACCAAUCCAUUCGUCCUUCACGUCCUAACGAGACUCAUAUGGUGUUCGCCCUUCGGGCUACAUACAUUUCUCGACGAAUCCCCACGCCGUCAACUACGUUACGCUAUUGGCGCAGCCGGCGCCAUUACAGAGUCUGCAUUGAUGGAGCAGGGCUUGAUACAACUGACGAAGGGUAGGAUCACCCCCCAGAUGACGUUUUCGACAUUCACGAAUAUUGUUCUGAGCCUGGAUCGGCUCGAUGACAAUGAAAAGUCUGUUUUUGACGAGUUUACAGAUAGUAUUGUCGUUUGCGGGCGCUCGCAACAAACUAACGACGAACUAUCUGAUUUUGUUUUCGAAUAA